UAAUGUCAAUGUUUUGGGAGCUGGCAUUCGGAUUUUUACCAUUCUUUUACUUCAUCGUUAACAUGUUUGUGUUUGUUGCUCUGCAAUGCUGUUGCAAAAAGAAGAAAGUCAAAAAGGUGCUGAAGAGGAGAGGAAUUUCAGCAAAUGAGAAACAAAAAGUAGAAGUCAAGAAGGGCAACAAGAAGAAGAAAAAGAAUGGUCCCAAAGGAAAGGCCCAAAAGCCGUCAACGUUGACCAAGUCAAAAGAGAAUAAUAAAGAUGAAAAAAUGCCAACAGCUAUUUCUUCGGAACAUCAAUCUAACAAGGAAGAUCCAUUAAAGUCAAAGACAAAAACAAAGACUGGAGUAUUCACCGGUUCUGUAGAUACUUCAACACCAACAGCAUUAGCGCCGAUGAUUGGAGAAAUUGGUGGAGAGAAGAAAGUUUCGGCUGUUUUAACAGCGUUUGCGGAAAAGGAAAAAAGCAGAAAAGAAGUUUCCAAUGGAGGAAGAUAUUGA